AAAAAAAAUAGUUUAGUUCUGUCUAGACUGCCAGGCCAUCUCCUCCGAGGCGACCAAUUCCGUACGUUGGUCCUUUCAAUUCCUCCCUCUUAGCUAGAUAGAAGCUAAAUAGUUUUCCUGCCAGAGAAGGAAGUCAAUUCCCUUCUUAUUCCGGGAAACCAUACACCCGGCCAUGGCUGAAUCCAAGAAAACCCAGCGCCCAGAGGAAGCGGCCAAUGGGGAUGUGAAGCUCGCGCGGCCCUCCAAGAAGGACAAGUCUUCCAAGAAGGAUAAGUCCUCAAAGAAGGACAAGGCCCCCAAGGAAAAGCUGCCCGUCGAAGCUGAGGCGACUGGAGAGGCGGAGGAGGACAAGCCUUCCAAGGAGGACAAGCCUUCGAAGGAAGAGAAGUCUUCGAAGAAGGACAAGCCUUCCAAGAGAAAGCGCCCCGUUGAAGACGAAGCCGAGCCCGAAGCCGAAGCCCAGGCGGAGCCAGCCAAGUCCUCCAAGAAGGACAAGUCUUCGAAGAAGGACAAGUCCUCCAAGAGGAAACGUUCCGCCGAGGACGAGGCCGAAACCACCGAGGCUGCCGAGCCCACCACCGCCGCCGCCUCCACCGAGAAGCGGGACAAGAAGAAGCGAAAGAAGAGCAAGAGCGCCAAGGCCGACGGCGGCACGGACAACGCCGCUCCCACGGACGGCGACAACUCGGCCGAGCAGCAACCGGAGUAUGAGGGCGAAGGCGAGGGCGAGGGGAGCGUCAAGGGCACGCGCUUCAUCUGCUUCGUGGGCAACCUGCCGUACACGGCGACGACGAACGCGGUGCGCGCGCACUUUGCGUCGCUGGCGCCGACCGACGUCCGCGUGCUGACGGAGCGCGACGACCCCAAGAAGUCGCGCGGCGUCGCCUUUGUCGAGUUCGGCCGCUACGACCACAUGCGCACCUGCCUCGACCGAUUCCACCACUCGCUCUUCUCCGACAACGUGUCGCCUGCUAGGAAGAUCAAUGUUGAGCUGACUGCCGGAGGCGGCGGGAAGAAGUCCGCGGUCAGAGUUGACAAGAUCAAGGAGAAGAACAAGAAGCUGAAUGAGCAGCGGACGAGAAAGGCCAAGGAAGGAAAAUCGGACAAGAAGGCGAAGGAGGCGACGGCAACGGAGGUGCCGGAGGCCAAGGAGGAAGACAGCAUACAUCCCAGCCGACGGGGUAGGGUCCCGCAUCAGAAGUGAUUGGUGAUGUUGCCAUCUUGUUAUAGAGACGAUUUCCGGCAUGUCGAAAAGGGGAUGUUGAGCAGAGAUAGAUGUGCUUGGCGUUUUAGGCGUUCAAGCACAGACAGGCAUCACUGGUAAAUGUCUUCUUACAAAGAGGUAAGAAGUUUGCUGGAACGCAUGGUUGAUAUCGAUACCCACCGAUAUAAAAAAGAUCACGGCAUAGGCAGGGAGAAGAAAAGUUGGAGCUUCGGUACUUCUUUAUCAAUUCCAUUUCAUCAAGAAUAACAAAAUCUCUUCGCAUUCAAAGUUGUGACCGGCGUCUCUCCCGCCCGGCCCUAACUAACUCACUCAUCCCUCCAGCCGGGGGGGUAUGCAGAGUUAUCUACAGAAAAAGCGGGAUAUCCUUCUUGAGACGUG